AUGUCGACGAGAAUCACCAAGCGAAAACGUGCGAGGAAGGCAUGCAUCCCUUGCCACCAGCGCAAGCGAAAAUGCGACGGCGAGUUUCCCUGUGGCACGUGCACCACCUACGAAUAUAACUGCAGUUACACUGGGGACGACACCAGUGGCAUUUUGGGAGACGGCAUCCACGCUCCACUCCAAGCCGAGCGCGUCACCAUCGGCGGAAGUAGCAUAGGGAACCAGACUGCCGCCACAUUGCGGAGUCCGGACCGCCUGUCUUAUGUAGCGCGAGAUCCCCGCGGGGUCGACGGCUCGUCGACGCAGAGUCAUACUGUCGCAGCCGGCGCAGCCACCACCACGUCCGCCGGCAUCUUCGACGAGCAAAAGUCUAGAUACGCUGGGGCAUCUGCGGCCAUGGUAUUCCCGCACAUUCUGAGCGUGGCUCUUGGCUCUGACAGCCCUCCCAAAAUGCACUCUUUCGCCUACAACUUUGGCAUCCGCCCCGAGGAGGCUUCUAACGCUCAUGGCUCGCUGAGGAAGCUCAUCUCCGAGGACGAUCUUGGCUUCUUCUCGGGUGUGUACUUCUCGGCGAUGGCCCCUAUCGCCGAUUACAUGGACCCGAGAAUCUAUGCCCAGCGAUGUCGGGAUUACUACCAGGGCUCCGGCAGCAACGCGGUCGCCUUUGGCGCCGUGGCCGCGGGCGUUGCUGCUCUCGGGUCAUUCCUAUCCCCCAAUAGUCACCCGCGGGAGUCUAACCUGGUGCAGUAUGCUAAAGCCAUUCUCGAUGAUCCGUCCUCCAUGCGCAUGCUGAGCAUCGACCACAUCAUCGCGUGGGGCAUGCGAGUGUUUUACCUACGGGCCACGACCCGCCCUAAUAAUGCCUGGGUUGCGUCGUGCACCGCCAUGCACCUCUGCGAAGCGGUCGGGCUACACGACGAAGAAAACAUACAAAAGAUGGCGUCCACCGCCGGCGCCGCUAUCCUUGGACAUGAUGCGGACCGAUUGAGGCGAAUUUUCUGGAUCUCGUGGGCCGGGCACAACAUGCUGUCCUAUGAGUACGAUCGUUCGUCUGUACUGUUUAGGGCCGUGACUUGCCAGGCUAUCCUCCCGACAUCAGGAUCCGUGGCCGACCAGUUCGUGCAAAUGGCCCAGAUCAUCCCGGCGCCGAACUCUCCAUUCCACCUCGAAUUUCAGCCUUCAAUUCCAAGGGAGGAGCUAUCUGAGCGUCUCAGAGCAUUGGAUAGGCUCCAUUUCACACAUCCGUUCCUGGUGGUGACUAAGGCGGACCUCGCGUUUUGCUUCUAUCGACGCAUUUACCAGCUCAAGAUGGGCAUAUCGGACGAGAUCAUUCAGCUCGUCAUUGAGAACGGCAACGCCGCAGUGGAGGCGGCGGAGCAGCUAGCUAACCAGGGUCAUCUGUUUUGGAACCUCAUCGGCAGCGUCUUCCAAUAUACCUGCGUCCUGUUGGCCAUCGACGCGCCGGCCGCCUCCGUCCACAUUGCUGCCGCCUUCAAGGGGUUAGAGAAUCUGGUUUACGCUGCCGACACAGGACUGACGCGUAAGGCAUUGUCGAUGGCGCAGCAUCUGCUCAGUCUCAGUAUGGCAAAGAAGCGUAAGGAACUUGCCCAGAUGGAAGCUGUCGAGGCGAGCUAUAAAUCCCUCCAGGCGCAGCCGGAAUCCGAGGCCAUCGCCACUGUGCAAGACAUGGGCUGGGGGGAGGACUGGGACCAGUUCCUCAUUGAACCAUAUUUAUCUAUGCUCGGUCCUGACAUGCAAUUGGCACAGGGGCAAUUGAACAUGUAUUAA